ACUCAAUUCCACACAGACGAACCUACACCAGCUCAGAAAGACGGUCUCUCCUGCAGCACGCACACACACUCACACACACAUGCACACACAGACACAGACACAUACACACCGCUGGCUGUGGAUUCUCCAUCUUAUUUCAUAGAUUUGUAGGCCAGUUUGCCGGAGAGCCAGCUAAAACCACCUCAGGGAGCGGGAGAAUGGAGAACAACAUGUGACCGAUCCGUGCACCACUGUCGACAGCAUGCUUCUCCUCCUCCGGACGUUGGUUUUCUGCUUCUGGUGUUUUCUGCUACUUCACGGGCAGGUUGUGGCUGAUGAAGAGGCCCUUUGGGGAACAACGCCAUCAAGGGAAAACCCACCUGAAAAUAAACAAAGCUCUUCUUGGUGGCCAAAGUUCCCUCCCAUUCCCUCGCUACCGUUUCGUUUCCCCUUUUACAGUAGCUCGGACAGUAAUGACAAAGCUGCUACGCUGACCACAACCACCCAAGGGCCGACAGAGCCAAUUGAUCAUUUGCAAGACCACUCAGGUUCAGGGGAAGAGAGCAUUUCUGAAGCCUCUGAACCACCCACCACCUUGACUCAGGGGCUCCUAACCAGCGUGACAAAGAUAGGGACAGAAUCACUUCCCACAGGGACAUCGGAUUCUCCACACAGUAGCAUAACGCAGAGCCACAAUGAUACUCUUGUUUCAGACUCCUACUCUCCCACAAGCAGUUCUAUCAGAAACACUCUGUUCACUAACAGUCCCACCAGCACAAGCACUCCUGAACGAAAUGCAACACAUACCCACCCACCAUGGGGCACCGCACGAGCAGCCGGUCCCAGCAUGGGCGCUAUUCCACAACACCUCCCAGAGGAAGUCACUGAUAAAGAGGAGGCUAAUGAUUUUACAGAAAAGAUCUCUUCGACGAUAGCACCAGAAACAGUUCCCACCGCUUUGACAUGGGCAGCAGCACGAACCACAACAACAAUCGCAGGACUGGUGGAGACCACGUUUACCAUUACUCCCCCUACAUCCUCAGAAACCAUGUUUGUGCGAAAAGACUCCACUGUUAGCAUUACCCUCCAUGCUGAAGAGGCCACAAUGAUGGAAACACACCCAACUCAUAGUGGGGCUGACCUAGGCUUCUCCGAGGCCAGGUCAGGGUCCGUGGAUGAACAGCUGGGGGUAUUCACCACUGCCAUGGGAAUCGAUCACAAACUAGUGCCGGAAUCCAUAACAACCACAACUCAGAGCCAAAGGGUUAACACCCCAAUAGCAGGAGGGAAAGGCGAUAAGGCGGAUGAGGAGACUGAGGAAGAUGUGGCUCAUUCAGCAGACGGGGAUGGUUACAUUUUGGCAGACAUUUCCACACCAUCCACUAAGCUGCUAACACCAUCCCUACCGCCGAGCACAGGCAUUCCCCCAGAAACACCUCAUAUUCCCCUGUACACUGAAGACUGGAUGUCCAGCCUGACGGACAGCGACGUCACCUUCCUUCCAGACUGCAAUAAAGAGCGCUCCGGGAUCUGCAACGUAUCCGACACCUGGGCCUCCACGACCUCCUCGGACGUCAAGCCCACACAAAACAUCACUGCCACAAACCAAACAAUCAACCCCUUCCUGGUCCCGGCUCCACUCAUGUUGGUGCCACUGUACACCGACUGGAACAGUGCCAUGGCGGCCUGGGGCCUGGCAUGGGAGGCGCAUGUUUACGGCGCCGGUUGCGCCUUUGCAAUGCUGACACUAGCCUCGGCGCUCAAUCUGCUCUGCUUGCCGCUACGUUGCCCAUCCGGAUGUGGCUAUUUUGCCCUGGUCAGCCUGUUUCUACUAGCUGCUGGUUGUACCAGAUCUUUCUCGCUCCUGUAUGACGCCUACGGCCACCAGGACCGCUUACCCUCCACAGAGGCCUCGUUGAUGCUCUACGAAGCACCGUUUCCCUGCUUGACUGCAGCUUUUGGUUUGGUUUUCCUUCUUCUCUCUAUGCGCUCAAGGAUGCAGCUUUCCUACUCAGCCUUCCAAAGACCUUGUUUCCUGGCCUGCCUAGUUUUCCUUCAUUUCGCUGCAGCAUUCGGACCGGUGACCCUACUCAAGUUUUACCAGCAAAAGCCUCCCCUUUGCCUGUUUCUUUCUCUCAUCUCCCGUGGAGCCUUUGUAGCACUGGCCACAUUUCUAUCUGCUGCCUAUUUUGUGUUCUACAUCUACGUGCGUGCAGAUUCGAAGCACAUCUACCACCUAAACAACACGUCCCCAACGCCCGCCGAGCGCUACAACCGUUGCCCCUUUGCGGAGAGCCGAGACUGGGACCGUGCAGCUGUAACCGUUUGUCUUUCAGCAUUGUUUUCUUUAGCAUGUGCAGGACUGCAGUUAUUUGCAAUUCUCAAUGCUAUGGGUGUUGUAGGUGGAGAGGAGGUCUUCCACCCAUGGCCUUGGUGGGCUUUCCAGUUUAGUUGCAGACUGUGUGAGCUUGGGGUUUGUCUCACCCUAGCCUUAGUGGUUGCCCAACCAGUCUACUGUUCUGACCAUCUCCCAGCUGCAGGGAGCUGCUGGACUGAAUUGUUGUCGUCCAAGUCACCUAUCCUGCCUGGAAGCUACCAGUGGUCCCUGAGCCAGCAGGAGAAGCUCGCCAUUGUCGAUACCGUUGGACUUGGAGAGACAGAAAGCCUUCCUCUUUACACUCUAAUGGAUGAGAGGCUUGGUAGCAGUCUGAACGGUCUGGACCUUCUCUACCACAGCAACCGUGCCCUGGCAUACAGAGACCUUGACUUGGAUUUGGACUUAGGGGGUUCAGAAAAACCAAGGGAUGGAGGAGGUGAAGAACCCUCGGGUGGAUCCUCAUUUACCAGUGACUCCACCACAGAUCUGCGACCACCUUCGCCCAUCAACCUGCGUCGUAGCAUCGAUGAGGCACUCUUCAGUGAGGCCCUCUUUCCCAUGAGCCUCUUUAGCCCUACAAGGCCUAUCCGCUGCAGUGAUCUAUCCUUAAACAACCACUGUCCGCUUCCUAGCAACGGCCUCUGCGAUCCACUCUCAGCUGACCCUGGCCUUUAUCGGACCAGUUCCUGCACGGAGAUGGCUUCUCAACCGCAGCCACCCAGCGCCCAAAAUCGAGGAGACACUGUUGUAAGUGCUCCCCCGUCUCCUUCGCUGUCGUCCUCCUCCAGCUGUUCAUCUCCUGAACGUUGGAGGGACAGCUCUUCCUCCUGUUCCCUCUACCGAGCCUCUCUCGGAGGCUCCUCGCUGGUCCUCUGCCCGAGCCCGGAGAGACAAGCUCGUCAGUUUCUCCAGCAAGAUGGCAUGGGUCGUGUGCCGUCAGCUGGCCACGCUGACCCACAGAGGCAAUAUCAUACACUGGGCGCAGCCUCACAGGAGAGCCUGGACAUGUCAUCUGAGGCAGACCGAUCCGUGCAGGAGGAGUUCAUCAGUGUUUGCAGACAAAUUGAUGCUUUAAGCAUCUGCAGCGAGACCAUUGAUUUAUAAAAGGACAGUCUGGUCAGAUAAGGGUUGCACAGAGGACUUGUUGAGGACGAUAUCUGCUUUGUGUGGCAAGUCAACCGUCAAGGUUUGUUACAGCCUAUUCGGUAGUGCAUGGUAGCUUUUGCGUACACCAUAAAAUACCUAUAGCUGCCAAAAUAAUGUUUUUGGAGGUUUGAUGAGCUUUCUUAUGCGGCCGUUAGUGAAUGUCUACGAGGGUCUAAGUGCCAAGAAUGUCAAAAGCCAAAAGGUAAUUUGUAACUUUUACAUGUUUGAUAAAGGCUGGUGAAGUUUGAUAUAGUCAAAAGAAUAGUAACAUUUUACUGAGUGGAGUUAACAGGAAUUUAUUUGUACAAAUGUUUUUAUUGCAUUCCAACAUUCCAAUAGAUAGUACUGUGACUGAAUUAAGCACUUAUUAAAAUACUACUGAAGUCCUACCCUGUCAAACUCAGAAUAUCGUCAUUAAAUCUCAUGCUGAAUAAAUGGGAUUAGAGUUAAAUUUAAAAUAUAAACUCAUAUCAAUAUUCCACACAUCUUACUUUGUGCAGUUAUAGUGCAGCAGUGCCCUCUACUGGUAAAACGCACACUAUAUUACCUUUAUCCUCCUCCAGUUAUCAGCAAUGGAUUGUGCUCCUACAUACACUGACAGCAUCUUCUCUGACCGGCUUACUAAUUUAUUUAUGUUCAAACAUAACUGUGCUUUUAAUAAAAGUUUGUUUUAUAACAUCUGGCUUCUUUUCCUUGUGGUUAAACGUGUCGACUCAUGUUCAAUAAGACAGUAGUCCAUACACAGUUCGAUUUAUUUAUUUUUUCUUUACCAUAUUGAACAGCAAGAGCGACUUUCCUGUUGAUUGUUUUUCUGUAAACAUAUUCGUUAGUGAUAUUCCUCAAAAACCCCUAAUUGGAUUUAUUGUAUACAGAGUCUUUUUCGUCCAUCUAAAAAGCCCUUUGUUUAUUGAUUUGGUUGCUGGCUGCAGAAGCUACCAUGUGUUCUGGCAACGUAUUGCAAUAUACUGAAGCAGAAAUCAU